UUUCGCUGUGUUACAGAACGUGUUGUAUGAUGUUAAUUGAGGCAAUGGACCUUUGUGACAGUUUUGAAACUAAGUACAUUUGCAGUGUUGGUCUACCGCAGUGGUUAUCACUCCUUAUCCUGGAGAGCAGGUAAAAGCAUUUCAGUGACUAAGAUCUAUUGAUUCAGAACUAUGGCAGGAGCCAAGCCCCUCAUUUUGGCUUGCUUCUUGCUGUCAGGAGCUCUUUGCAGUGAUUAUACAGUCAAGAUACCGAAACACCUACAGGCUCUGAGUGGAUCCUGCCUGUUGAUCCCAUGCAUGCUGAUCUCUGAAAAGAAUGCAGAUCAUCUGAAAAAUUCAGCUCGUGGAAUUUGGAUUAAAAGAAUUCCACAAUUUGCAAAACCUGAGGCCACUGUUGUGUUCAACAGCAGUAGACCUAAUAACAAACUGCCAGGGGGCAUCGUUGGAGAUUUGCUUCAGAAGAAUUGUACGACAUUCCUGUCCCAGAUCCCAGCAGGAUAUUCAGAUAAAUACUACUUCAGAAUUGAGACAACUCGCUACAAGAAAACAUUUCCUGGAACACCAGUCUACAUUGAUGUCAUAGACUCUCCACCCAAGCCCAAGAUAACCCAGUUGAAAGAACUGAAAGAAGGCACGCCCGUGGGUUUGAAGUGCACAGCUGCAGCCCCUUGUAUCAGAAGUCUCCCGGUCUUGACAUGGAGCCACGACCUCGGGAACGUCCUGUCCGAGCUCCAGGAGGAUUCGGACGAUUCGGGUGAAGCCAACUCGGUUUCGUCUGUUCUGACGUUCACUCCUCAACGCCGCCUCCACCACGGGAAGAGCGUCGUCUGCUCUGCCGAGUACACGCGGCAAAACGGGAAGACUACAGUGGAGGACACAAUUACCCUCAAAGUUCUGUUCCCUCCGAGUGACACAAGGGCCUCCAUAAGUCCAUCUGGCCCACUCCUCCAUGGCAGCCCUGUGAGUCUGACCUGCAGGAGCCAGGCUUACCCACCGGUUCGGAGUUUCACCUGGUUCAGAACCACGUGGCGUCAGACCACACCGAGAGGGUCUGGAGAGACACUCUCCUUCAACGCAAGCAUCGAUGACGUGGGCUCAUACUAUUGCGAAGCUCGGAAUUCACAGGGGACACAGGCGUCUGCUCACGUGACGCUUGCCAUAGAAGGUGUAUCAGAGCCCUUGUCCCUUCCAGCGAUUGGAGGGAUUGUGGGAGGGAUGUUUGGCGUGCUGUUGAUAUGUUCCCUGCUCCUGAUGUUCUUGAGGCUGAGGAAAUCCAGAGAGCUGUGUAUGAACAUGAGGACGACCAGAGUAGAAGAACAGAGCAACCCUUCCUCGGACCCCAGCAAAGCCGCCAGAACCUGGGACACAACAGAAGCUGUGGAAAGCCAGCAAGAGGAAUCCCAUUACGCUGAAAUUGAGUUUUCCAAGCAAGCCAAACAGAAAGGCAAGAAGGGCAUGGAGGAAGGACCGAGACAGGAGACUGAAUACAGCGAGGUCAAAUUUUCUGAAAGAAAGGCACUGGUUCCAAUCGGGGAUAUUUACGCAAGUGUUAAACCAAAAAAACGGCCUCAAUGAAAAUCCCUGCUUUGUGUCCUGUCGUUAUUUUCCCUCCAAUACCUGGAAUCCCCUGGAAACCAUUUAUUCUUCUAGGCUACACUGAAACCUAUUGCGCAAGGGACAGUCAAUAAGAACAAAUGGUUCUUCACUGCAAUUUUAUUUUUUUUGUCAUCUGAGAUACUUUUAUUAUAGAGAAUCAUUUAUUCUACUGUGCUGAAAACUGUUGUCUAAUGGACAUAAAAUAAAAAUAAAUGUUUUUGAAAAUA